GUCACACACUAGGGCACGUCGCAUCACGAACAAGACCUGAUAUUUCCAGAUCUAAUUCCAGGAAAGAUCUGACUCCUUUCUGCAAUGCUUACCUAUCUGUAUCUGUGCGUCCUGCGGAUUAUUAAUGAAGUGGCUCCAAUGACGGUGUCCCAGCUCCCCGAAACCAGCGGGGUGAUGGCGGGAGCAGACAUUACCUUCCAAUGUGAGACCAGUGAAAUUCCGAAUAAAUCAAGUCUGAAAGUAAUUUGGUGGAAACUUGGCGAUCAAGACGUAUUACAACCAGGUUCUUACAGCAGGAAACAAUUUAGUCCUUUAGAAAACGGAAAGAGUUUCUUCCAGAUCCUGGAUGUACGUGUCGCCGACUCCGGGGUGUAUUACUGUGGAGUGGUUCACGCAGAAAAUGCGAUUGUGAACGGAACGGGGUCGAACCUUGUGGUACACGCUUCCCCGGAACCGGUCAGCAUUCUCUCCAAAGCGUCAGGGACCAAUUCAUCCAACCUCAGCCUGGUGUGUCAAACGGCGGAGUUUUACCCGGAGUCUCUCACCUUCACUUGGUAUAAAAAUGACAACAACAUUGUGAAUGGGAUCAGCAUUAGUAAAGAGCUGAACUCGGACGGAACGUAUCAAGCUUCCAGCAGACUGGAAACAUUGCAGCCAGCUGGGAGUGGCGCUGUAUAUACCUGUGUGGUGUCCCACCUCACACUGCAGAGUCCAGCCCUGGCUGUUUACUUUGAUGCCAGUUCUAAUUCGGACAAAGAAAACACGUCCUUUUUCCUCUUGGUUUCUGGAUGUACAUUGAGUGCACUGAUAUGUAUUGUCGUCGUGGUUUUCAGUCUGAGAAAUUGCCAAGUCAGUAACUGUAAAGACCAUGAAAGAAAAUCUUGAAUACUCACCGCCGUGAACGGCGCAGGCUUUAUCAAAAUGCUGGAACGAAAACAAAGACAAGGGCCGAAAGAGAUCAAAUUGAGACGAAAGAGAAUGAAUUUCGAGUAAUAUCUCAGAGAGGAGAGUCAUGGAGCCAUAGAGCCAUAGAGCACAGAAACAGACCAUUCGGCCCAAAUGACCCAUGCUGACCAAAAUUCCCAUCUAAGCUAGUCCUACCUGCCUGCUUUUGGUCCAUAUUCCUCCAAACUCUUCCUAUCCAUGUACCUGUCCAAGUUCCUUUGAAGUAUUGUUCACGUUCCUGCCUCAAUCACUUCGUCUGACAGCUCAUUCCAUAUACUAACCACCCUCUGGGUGAAAAAGGUUCUCUUCAAGCUCCAUUAAAUCUCUUGCAAACCUAUGCCCCCUAUUUCUUAAUUUCCCAAUCCUGGGGAAAAAUACUGUGCGAAUUCACCCUAUCUAUGCCCCUCAUAGCUGUACACGCCUCUAUAAUAUUACCCCUCAUUAAACUGAGUUCCAGUGAAAAAGUCCUAACCUGAUCAACCAGUCUCCAUGACUCACCCCCUCGAAUCCCAGCAAAACCCUCGUAAAUCUCCUCUGCGCUCUUCCCAGCGGAGUGGCAUCUUUCCUAUAGAACUGUGACCAAAGCUGAACACAAUAUUCCAAAUGUGGCCUCACCAACGUCUUGUACAACUGUGUGCCAAAAGCUUCCUUAGCUACCCUGUCUACCUACGACACCACUUUCAGGAAACCAUCUACUUGUACUCCUUGGUUCCUCUGUUCUACAACAUUAUCACAGGGUGCUACCGUUCUGUGUGAAUGUUCUACCCUCAUUUGUCUUCCACAAUGCAACACCGCCCACAUCUUAAUUAAACCCCACUUGUCAUUCCAAGGCCCACUUACUCAACUGAUCAAGAUCCCUCUGUAAUUCCAGAUAACCAUGUUCGCUGUCAAUGACACCACCUAUUUUAGUGUAAUUUCCAAACUUACUAAACAUGCCUCGUUCAUUCUCAUCCAAAUCAUUGAUAUAGAUGACAAAUAGCAAUGGGCCCAGCACCGACCCUUCGGGAACACCACUAGUCACGGGCCUCCAGUCUCAAAACUAACCUUACAACCUUCUGAGAGAUUCCAUAACGCUGGAGACAACGU